AUGGGUGGAUCGGGUGCCCAGAAACGAAGGCGCCUCCAACGGCAGCCACCAAAAGGUGGAAGCAGCAAAGAAUAUCAUGCUAAUGGGGACAACGGAAACAAGCUAGCAGUGAAGGGGGUAAAUCGGUAUCGAGCGAUGCCCGCAGCAGACGCUCCGUUGACGAGAGCAAUCCCUGCUCGUCUCCCUACAAACACCCCUCCAUCGGGUCUUGCGUCACGAAGACUGCAAGCCAUAAAGAGCAAAAUAAAGAAGCCGAAACAUUUAAAGCGAAAAUUAGAGACGACCGACGAUGCAUCAGAGCGCCAGCUUCUUUUGACGCAGUUAAAAGAGUUUGAACAUAAAAAGAAUAAUCUUGCUGCCAAAUCACAGCCGUAUCCGGCGAAGAAGGCCAGGACCGAGAGUAAGGCGUCAAAUCAGGACGAUUUCACUGAAAGCUCUUUUACCACAGAAAACAAACCUGAACAAGAAAGUCAUAACCAUGGUAGACACACUAAAACAGAUGAUCAGCUACCGGAGCGAAAAGAAGUUGCACAGUCCGUGUCGAAACAAGAGGAAGAAAAAUCUCCGAAUACGAACAGCGACGACUCGUCAGACGAUGAAAGUGUAAACGAAGCUAUUGCGCGCCAACGGGGGAAACGCCGCCGUGGCCGGAAAGAUACGUCUAUUUUAGUAGAGGCGAUCACGCUUUCCGAUACAAAGGCUGAAAACGCUACAGGGGGAAGAGUGGGCGACCCCGACCCAACAAACAAAACGACGACUCGACAGGAUGAUAAUCGCUACUGCAGAGGACGAAAGCCAGUGACUGACUUUCGAGUUGGCGAAAGCUAUCCUGGAAAAGUGGUGUAUAGCAAACAGUUCGGCGUCUUUCUCGACAUUGGGAGUCAUUCGGACGCCUUCUGUCACGUAUCACGCUGUCAGGACGACUUUGUCGAAUCAGCGGAGGCCGUUCACCGGCCAGGCGAUGAAGUCAGUGCGAGAAUUCUGGAAAUUGAUAAGCGCCGCAAACGGAUUACCGUGAGUUUACAGUCCGAGGCUAAACUCGAGGACGAACGCAAGUCGAUUCAAGCUCGUCAACAGCGACUGGAGAAACGCAAACCCAAAUCUAACAAGAAUCAAUCUCUUAUUAGAAACGAUAAAGACCCUGUGACACAUUCUCAUUCUUCGACAACCAACGACACCUUUACUAAGCAGCUUGGCGCCGAAGAUAAUGCAAGAUCGGGUGUAAAUUUUCCCGACUUGCUCAGCAAAGCACAAUCGGAAAUGACACCAACAGAACUCAAAAGAGCUCGUAAACUGGAACGCCGUGCAGCUCGUAGAGAGGCGCAACCGGAGAAACAAUAA